CGCCCCGAGCGCGAAGUUGGCUGGAGCCUAUAAAAGCCUGGAGCGUGAGACCCGCGACGCACACACAGUUUGGCCCCUAGACUGGCGACUGCUGCAGCCCAGCUCCGAGCCCCGGCGCGACCAUGUCCCACCACUGGGGAUACGGCAAGCACAACGGACCUGAACACUGGCAGAAGAGCUUUCCCAUUGCCAAUGGAGAGCGCCAGUCCCCAGUUAACAUUGACACACGUGCUGCCCACCAUGAUCCCACCCUGAAGCCUCUGAAUAUCAACUAUGAACAAGCAGCUUCCAGAAGGAUCCUCAACAAUGGCCACUCCUUCAACGUGGAGUUUGAUGACUCCGAGGACAAAGCAGUGCUAAAAGAUGGACCUCUCAAAGAGACCUACAGAUUGAUCCAGUUUCACUUUCACUGGGGGUCUUCUGAUGACCAGGGCUCUGAGCACACUGUGGACAAAGUGAAAUACCCUGCGGAGCUUCACCUGGUUCACUGGAACACCAAAUAUGGGGAUUUUGGGAAAGCUGUGCAGCAACCAGAUGGACUGGCUGUUUUGGGCAUUUUUUUGAAGAUCGGCAGAAAUAAGCCAGGCCUUCAGAAAGUCCUUGACGCACUGAGUUCCAUUAAAACAAAGGGGAAGAGCGCUGACUUCCCUAACUUCGAUCCUUGUGGCCUUCUUCCUGAAUGCUUGGAAUACUGGACCUACCCAGGUUCUCUGACCACCCCACCUCUGCUGGAAUGUGUGACUUGGAUUGUGCUCAAGGAACCCAUUACCAUCAGCAGUGAGCAGAUGAUGGAAUUUCGUAAACUGAACUUUAAUGGGGAGGGUGAACCCGAGGAGCUGAUGGUGGACAACUGGCGCCCAGCUCAGCCACUGAAGAGCAGACAAAUCAAAGCUUCCUUCAAGUAAGAGGGUCCUGCAGCUGGACGUCCUGAGGAUGAACGCUUGGCUCCUUCCCUGUAGCUAAGCACAGGGCUUUGUGUCUGGAAUUGUAGAUCCUUCAUCUCUCACCUGUCACACUGACUAAUAAAAUGCAACGAGCAAGAGCAAGUAUCCUACGUGAUCAAAGCAUUCUGGUGGGUUGGGCUGGUGCUUGUCUCAUGGGAGAGCCUUGCGGUCACAAGGAUCUAGUGUGCAGGAUGGAUUCAAGUACCUUGCCUUUGUUCAUAGUCACAGAUCCAUGUAUACUCACCGAGAACUGUCUACUAAUAUCAUAAUUUUGAAAUAUAUGAAAUGGUUGAGUGUGAAUCCAGAUCAUAAGAAAAUUGAGCUAAUUUAAGCAAAUCAGGUAAAAUAGUCAUGCUUUUAUGAAUAGAAAUUGAUAAAAUAAAUGUUCAUGGUUCCAACAUGUCAUAUUAAAUAAAAACUUUUAAAAUGCUUAUAUAUUUGUAGCAAAGAUCUUAAAAUGAAUUAUGUUGUAACUCAGUGACUUUUGAAUUGUAGAGAUGUAAAUGAGGAUGUAAAAAUUGUUAUAGUUGUGAUACAGAGUAUAUUUCCAUUCAAAUAAUGUAUCAUAAUUUAAUGGAUGAUGUCUUUUAGAUAUAUUCUCUAAUAAAAUUCAAAACUCUGAUUUGGUUCAUCUUACUGUACAGGUGGCAGUAGGCAGAAGUGGAGGUACAAAUGUCUUCUUUCACAAUCUGUGUCAGUUCAUGAGUAAUAGUCAGCCAAUGUAACUGGCUUACUCACGGUUGGAGCCUCCGCAGAGGAAAGCCCCUGGAGUGGGUGCUAUUCACCAAGCACUGCGGUCUAGGUGCUUUCUGAGCACUUACUCAUGGGAUCCUCAUGAUGGCCCUGUGAGGGUCAGUUCUGCAAGGGAAACAGAAUUAAUUGCUGAAUUAAGAGGGAAGGAAGCAUUAGAAAUUCAAUGGAAAUAAAGUCCAUCUGUUUGUAAAGGGAAUUCAAGCAAUAUCUGUAAUUAAAAGAAUAACUUAAAUUA